AUGUCAUGCAAUUUGGAUGCAGGAUCAGAAACUUCUGAAGAUAGCGAGCAAAAUGGCGAUAACGAUAAGGAGACCACUUUGGGUGGAGAUAUCGAUUUGACGAAUGUGGUUACACCUGACGGCCCAAUCAUGGACUCGGCUGGAAACCCUGUCCAUCUUUGUGAACUAAUGCGCUGUGUUAAGUGCCAUACUGUCCCUAUAAAUGAACUCUUUCAGUGCCAGAAUGGUCACUUGUUGUGUGCCAGCUGUUAUCAGGUACAAGUGCUUGACAAGAUGCUGGGCCCCCUGCUGGGCACCUGCCCGUCCUGCUCAGUCAGGAUCUAUCGACAUCUUCCCAAUCGCAAUCUAAUUGCGCAGCGCGCUCUGGCCGACGUGCAAACCAUAUGCAAGUUCUGUGGUGGUGCAACGAAACGUACGACCAUUCGCCAACACCUGUUAAAGGAAUGUCCAAAAAGUAUAGUCUUUUGCAAGUAUAGGCGCAUCGGCUGUCAGUGGAACGGCAUAAAGUCACAGAUGGCAACCCAUGAGGCUAAGUGCAGCUUUCCCCAUAAAACUGGAGCCGAACUGCGUGAGGCGUUGUUACAGCGUCAAGCCUCAUUAGAUGCCGACAGGGAGCAUUACAUGCGCUUCUCCCGGUUCACUCAGUUGGCCAACAUAUCUGUGAGACUCAUACAAGUUUUGCCAUGCACCGAGGGUAUGGUCCUUGAUCAAUCCAAGGCCGCAGCAUGUUUCCAGGCCUACAAUGUUCAUUGGACCAUGCUUCUGAGGAUCGAUACUUCUGGCCACAAUUUCGAUGGCCUGUGCUCCGUUAUGUUCAGGCUGCGUCUGGACUCUUCUGUCGAAUCUACGGUCGUCCUAAGCUACGCUAUGUUGCACGGCACUUAUUGUGAAAUAAGGUUCUUGCCCAAUCUUUGCGAACGUUUUGGAUUCUCCAACGAGAAGAAGCUGGGACCAGUUAAUGUAAUCUACCGCCACGUUAAGGAACAGUGUCUGAAACUAUUGAAUGAGCGCGGUCUCUUUGGCCGACUCCUAAUGGCUCGCGCCUAG